AUGUCCUCUAAUACUACUUCAUCAGCAUCCGGUCAUGAAGAAAAAGCAUAUCCAGUUUUUCCUUGGUUUGGUAUUGAUAUAGGUGGAACAUUAGUUAAACUUGUUUAUUUUGAACCAUUGGAUUUAACUGCAGAUGAAAUUCGAAGUGAAGGUGAAAUUUUAAUGAAUAUACGUCGUUAUUUAACAUCAAAUCGUGCUUAUGGAGAAGAUGGUGUACGAGAUGAUGAACUUGAAUUAUCUAAUAUAGAAUUAGGUGGACGUCGAGGAACUCUUCAUUUUAUUCGAUUUCCAACAUCAAAAAUGAUGAAUUUUAUUGAUAUGUGUGUUAUGAGAAAUUUACAUACAUUAACAUUUCAAAUCUUUGCAACAGGUGGUGGUGCUUAUAAAUUUGAGAAAGAUAUUGUCGAUGUAAAAUUCUUUUUUUAA